AAGCUUGGAGACGCGCUUUAUCGCGUAGCGGAGUGGAUGGCGGGAGAGGGUCAUGAAGGUAAUCACUACCUUUAAGCUGGAUUUAGGGGGCUGGUACCACAGAAGGAGUGCGCCCUGCCUAUCAAUAAUUAAUCCAUUUCUGAAGCGGCGGGAAAGGGGAGCACAGCGCGCGACUCCGGAGAUCCUCGGUUUGAGCAGCGAUCAUCGGCAAGUCAUGUCACAGUCUGACAGCGCUUCGAGAAGAGCGGACGAGGAGGACAAAGGAGGAUGAAGGAGGGAGAGGAACCGGGAGUGGUAGAGGAGGAAUAUAAUGAAGUUGAGUGGGCAAGGACUGUGUACCAUCGUCUCCAGCAGUCUGCUUUUUGUCUGUGCCAUAAGCACAGUUGUCGUCGGUUUCAAAUGCAUCUCUCUGGGAGCCCAAGUGAAAGUACAUUUCCAUCUCGGGACCGCGGCCGGGGCUUUUUACUCGGGAAUACUUGUCGGACUCGGACAAGUGCUGUUGGGGAUGGCGCUCGUUUGUUGCAAAGGGAAACCCGGGUGUCGGAAUUUCUUUCUCUUUGGAAUCUUGGUGUUCCUCCUGGGAGUUCUCACUGCGUUCUCGGGGGCCGUGGUGGAUGGCGACACAGUGUCACUGGUGGAGCGGAAAUAUUCGCACUAUUGCUUGGACUCUGUGGAUCUAAAUCCCGUAUGCGAUCAGCUGAAGGAAUAUCAGAGAGGUCUGGUCAUAUCCACCAUUCUUAACACUUUGGAAUGUCUCCUAGGGUUGAUGAACCUGGUGGUUAUUAAGAGGUACCAAACCGCGCAGUUUUAUAGGAGACGGCGCACGCAGAGGCAGAGUGCGGGGGCGAUCAUUCUCAACGAGGAAAGAGACUUUGCGGUGUCGGAAUUCCAACCGGUGUCUUAUAUUAACCUCGGGGUGUUUCACGUGUUUGACGAGGCUGGCGUGGAAGUGCAGUGCUGCGGCCACCCGUCUAUCGAACUACCGGGCUACUCGCCAAGCGAUCCAGAGUUGAACCAGUCUUAUCCCUUCUCUUACCCACUUCCAAACGAGCUGCCGCCAGCGUAUGAAGACAUAUUCCCCGGAGAAGCGAGUAACAAAUAGUGACAGCAAAAAAGUUAUAAAUGGGCUUUAAAGUCUGCAGUGACAAUCAUUGGUGAUUUGGCCCACACCGCCGAACCUGACGUGUGUACUAUGUUCGAUACGAAAGCUCUUUCUCUGACGGCAAAAGCUAAUUGCGAUAAUGUACUGCCUUUUUCGUGGGAAGCAAGCAAAUAUAUGAUUCAAUAUACAGUCAAUGAACUGCAGUUUCCAAACCAGACUGAAUGGUAAGAGAUCUAUACAGAUAAUAUAUAAGCAGUAUAAAUAAAAAGAGGUUUAAAUAUGAACGCACAUUUGUUUUAACCCACUGAUUGAUUGUACUCAUAUCUUACGCCCAUGUAGUUUGUUAAUGUCAUUCUAUUGUUUGCCUUAAUACUGCCUACGUUUAGCUCAUGAAUAAAAAGUGUAUUUAC